AUGGAAAUUCCAACAGUAAUGGACGGGAUGCUGAAGAACUCGCUGGUCCUGCACGACGACCGGUCCUCGCGGAACAGUAACAGCAGCUCAGGUUCGCCAUCGGUAAUACACGAGAAGAAGAAAAUGCUCGACAUCACCCGGGACAAACCGAUCAAAAUUGCUGUCCGGGUUCAGGUGCCUGUCAGAGAUCAUCCCAAGUUCAACUUCGUUGGCAAGUUGCUCGGUCCGAAGGGAAACUCGCUGAAACGGCUCCAGGAGGAAACAAUGUGCAAAAUGGCAGUGCUUGGCAAGGGUUCAAUGCGAGAUCGGAAGAAGGAGGAAGAAUUGCGACUCAGUGGCGACCCUCGGUAUGCGCAUCUUUCCGAGGAUCUGCACGUCGAGAUCUCAACCUACACAGCACCGGCGGAAGCGCACGCCCGCAUCGCCUACGCUCUGGCUGAAGUUCGACGCUUUCUGGUGCCGGACUACCACGACGACAUCCGACAGGAGCAAAUGUGGGAGAUGCAAGCACUGAACUCGGCUCAAAGCGUUUCGAACGGCACCAACGGAAGUUGCAAUGGAACUGCCGUAAGCAACGGUCACAACACCAACGGUUUGCCGAACGGCAAUCUGACACUGAACGGUGGUAAUCCGGAUAUGAUGCACCACCAGCAGCAACAACAACAGCAGCAACAGCAACAGCAGCACCAUCAUAAUCCGAACGGUGUGGACUCCUUAUCGAACGGUGGCAUCCUGUCGGGUAGCACUGUUAGCACAGUAGGAGCUCCGACAACGACAUCGGCCUCGACGACGACCGGUCCGGAUGCCAGCAACGGACAGCCGCACAAUUCUACUGCCGCCUGCAAUGCCGCCACACAUCACCAUCAUCAUCAGCAGCAGCAGCAGCACCAACAACAGCAACACCACCACCAGCAGCAGCACCAGCAGCAACAGCAACAGCAGCAGCAUCACCACCACCAUCAUCAUCAGUUCCUGUCGAGCAGUGCGGCCGAUGCAGUUGCGGCGGCAGCCAGCGAUUUGAGCAAUCUGAUGCCAGUUGAUGUCAACAUGACUUCCGCUAAUCACUUCGUGAACUCCCUGCCAACUACAGACAUCGAAGCUCAGACGUUGGCUUUUGUGGAAUCUGCCAACGCUUUUCUGCACCCGGCGCUGCGAGGAGUUAAAACUGUGAGUUUAGCCAGGAAACGACCGCUGCUGGGCGGUCCCCGCUCCAGUAUGAACCCAACCAAGCGUACCGUGAUGACUCUGAUUGCCCGCGCCCGGACGGCCCAGGCGAUGCACGGAGGAAGCCGAUCGGCGGCCCCCAUCGGAGAACCGAUUCAGGUGAUUACGUCACCGCUGAUUCUGCAACCGCCGCUGGACCUGCUGCAGACCAACGGGACCGGUUCGAUGCAGAAGGAAAACAUCCUACAGGGUGCCUAA